UCCACUGCUUCUAGGAAAAUUCCGCUUGCGACUUGGUUUAAAAAUCAAUUCAGUUGUAAUAGUAUGUUGUUGCUACUGAUUCUUUUAUCUUUAGUCUACUUCUCAUCGUCUAUUUUAAUUUCUGGAUAUGGAACCAAGUGGAUGACUUUCAAAAAUGUGAUUGUUCAAAGAAACGUCAUAUUAGAAAUUCCAAACAUUGGAAAUAGAUUAAGUUGUGUGGGUCUAUGUCUCCAGAACGAAACUUGUGUUUCUGUGUUCUACAGACAGCAACACCAACGGUGUCAGCUCCACGACGUUUUGUUCAUGUCUCCCCAGGACGGACAACAGGAGACGGGUACAGAGUACUACAGCGUCACAACCGGUGGAUGUCCCUCGACGUAUGUCCACAACCGAAUUCUUAACAUCUGCUACCAGGUUCAUCUGAGCGCAACGACCCUUGCCAUCGGCGUGGCGGACUGUAACUCCAGAGGGGAACACUUCAUUGUCAUUGACAGUGAAGACAAGAACAACCACGUAUUCAAGCAAGUCAACUCCUCCUCCGCCAGCAUGACAGACAAAUAUCACAUCGAUGGGUCAGAUGCUGCAAAUGAGGGAAAAUGGCUUCUCCAUGACGGUCGGGUCAUGACGUACUUUGCGUGGGCUUCAGGGUACCCAAGGAAUACAACCGGGAAGCACUAUCUCGUUGCAGACAUUUCGGAUAGCUUUCGAUGGAGAGAUAGAACUGGUUUGAAAGAUAAACUUUACAUUUGUGAGAGAGACAUUUGAUAAAGAUCGUCGAGGCCAGAUUAGAAUACUGAUGAAGUCUUUGAUAGGCAUUUAGUAGUCGGGUGUCAUGAAUACAUUCCCGAACAAGGUGAUGCCGAUGAUAUUGCAGACAUGUUCUAUCCUGCGCUCAUAUCGAAAGAGUGCGAUUAAAGAAUAAAGCAAACACUUAAUUUACUUAUGUGUACCCACGGAAUCCAUAUAUUGAACAGAAGGCUCGGUGUGACUCUGGUGGUUAGAGGCGCUGGGUUUGUUUACUAUAUGCACGUUCAACUGAUUUAUUCAGUUCUAUUACAAAAUUUCAGUGUUUAAACCAGGGUAGAUUCAGAUCAUUUCCAGAUAACAUGCCAACGAAAACGCUAUGAGAAAGAUAUAACUAUGUCUGAGUCUUCUAACAUCACUGCUGUUGAGAAACUCUUAUGGCGUCCAGCAGAAAGCAGAGACAUUUAAGCAGGCUUCAGAACGUGAGUUAAAUACGGAGGAGUUUGAUCGAAUAGUACAUCUCUUAAUGCCCAUACUCUUAUUGACAGUAUUGAAUCGACUGCUUUGAGCUGUGGUAUGACACGAAGUGUAAAUACCAAAACUUUCUCCAAGAGUGCAUGUUUGAAAGUGUCAAAUAUAAAUCAAUAGACAGUUUUAGACUCACAGGUAACUUUGGAUCAUUGAGACAGUUUCAUAAGGUCCGAGUUAAAUUCCGAGAGAUAUGUCGUCAUCGUAAAGAACUUUUAUAUUCAAUAAUCACAAAUGAUAUUUUAUUACACUGUAACAGUAUGUGACAUGAUGUCAAUAAUUAUCUUCAAAUAUGACUCUUUGUGGGAAAUAUACAAUCGUUUGAAAGGUGUUGUUGAGUUUAUGAAUG